GCUCAUGGGAGGUGGCUAGCGAAAGGGGGCUUUGUGCUGCUGCUGGCUGGGGUGUGCGUUUGUCUGGAAUCGGAGUCUGCUGCGGCUCGUCUGAGUUUUGUGUGGUGUGUGUGUGUGGGGGGGGGGGCAGCUUGUAUGUGUCAGAGGCAGCAGCAGCCACAUCAGGGGUAGCCGGGGCGCAAGAGGGACCGCUAAGCCGGAAUCAUGUAUCUCACCAUCAGGAUUGCGAGCGGGGAGUGGUGUGGAAAUUGUGCAACAUGCAGAUAAGAUCCCGGUUUCCUAACGACCUCUCCCGAAGAAAGAGAGAGCGAGCUUGCCCUGGGCAGGAGGGAGAGGAGAAAGCCAGCAUGAAGGUUGAAGUAGAUCAUUUCCACGGCCAGUGCUAGAGGGAGACCUAGAUCUGUGCAACUCGCUUCCCCGUGGCUGUUUGGUUUGGGGCGGGGGGGGGGGGGGGACACCGGAUCGGGCUCAGCCAGGGAGGAGGGGAAGGGGCGAGUGGGGAGGGGGGUGGUGGAGAAGGAAUAACGGAGAGAGAGGCUGUGCGGUGCAUUGCACACAGACUGAGCGAGGGGAAGAGCAGGAAAAAUCGCCCCUCUCCGAGGAAGGGCCAUCGCCAUGGGCAAUGCUGGGAGCAUGGAUUCUCAGCAGACGGACUUCAGGGCUCACAACAUGCCUCUCAAGCUGCCAAUGCCCGAGCCAGGUGAACUGGAGGAGAGAUUUGCCGUCGUCCUGAAUGCAAUGAACUUGCCACCCGACAAAGCCAGGUUACUUCGGCAGUAUGACAAUGAGAAGAAAUGGGAGUUGAUCUGUGAUCAGGAAAGAUUUCAAGUGAAGAAUCCUCCACAUACAUAUAUCCUGAAAUUAAAGGGCUAUCUCGAUCCAGCAGUAACCAGGAAGAAAUUCAGAAGACGAGUCCAAGAAUCUACUCAAGUACUACGAGAACUGGAAAUUUCUUUAAGAACAAAUCAUAUUGGAUGGGUCAGGGAGUUUUUGAAUGAAGAAAACAAAGGCCUGGAUGUUCUGGUGGAAUAUUUGUCAUUUGCACAGUACGCAGUCACUUUUGACUUUGAAAGCUUGGAGAACAAUGUGGAAAAUUCAAUGGAUAAAUCCAAACCUUGGAGCCGUUCCAUUGAAGACCUGCAUAGAGGAAGUAACUUACCCUCCCCAGUUGGCAAUAGCAUUUCCCGCUCUGGCAGGCAUUCUACUCUACGAUCGGUUUCUCUGCCUGAACAACUUCAGUUCAAACGCCGCCAGAGCUGCUUUUCACCCAACUGUCUCUGGAGCGGCUUCAGUUUACACUCUGCUGGUGAGGCUUCAAGCCGGAAAAUCUCGUAUAAUACCUUGCCGAGCAGAAGAACACUAAAAAAUUCAAGAUUAGUGAGCAAAAAAGACGAUGUUCAUGUCUGCAUCAUGUGUUUACGUGCCAUAAUGAAUUACCAGUAUGGAUUCAAUAUGGUCAUGUCCCAUCCACAUGCUGUUAAUGAAAUUGCACUAAGCCUGAACAACAAGAAUCCCAGAACAAAAGCCCUUGUCUUAGAACUGUUAGCAGCCGUUUGUCUUGUCAGAGGAGGGCAUGAAAUUAUUUUAUCUGCGUUUGAUAACUUUAAGGAGGUUUGUGGAGAGAAACAGCGCUUUGAAAAGCUGAUGGAACACUUCCGAAAUGAAGACAACAAUAUAGACUUCAUGGUGGCAUGUAUGCAGUUCAUCAACAUUGUAGUCCAUUCAGUAGAGGACAUGAAUUUCAGAGUUCAUCUCCAGUAUGAAUUUACGAAAUUAGGCCUGGACGAAUAUUUGGAUAAGCUGAAACAUACGGAGAGUGACAAACUGCAGGUGCAGAUACAAGCUUACUUGGACAAUGUAUUUGAUGUGGGAGCUUUGCUUGAAGAUGCCGAAACCAAGAACGCAGCCUUGGAAAGAGUUGAAGAACUGGAAGAAAAUAUUUCUCAUUUAUCGGAAAAACUGCAAGACACAGAGAAUGAAGCUAUGGCAAAGAUUGUGGAACUGGAAAAGCAGCUUAUGCAGAGAAACAAAGAACUGGAUGUUGUUCGAGAAAUUUACAAAGAUGCAAAUACCCAGGUUCACACACUGAGAAAAAUGGUCAAAGAAAAAGAGGAAGCCAUCCAGCGGCAGUCAACCCUGGAGAAAAAGAUCCAUGAACUGGAAAAGCAAGGGACCAUUAAAAUUCAGAAGAAAGGUGAUGGUGACAUCUCUAUUCUUCCUGUUGCUGUGGCCUCUGGGACACUGCCAUCAGGGUCAGAAGCUACAGCUGGCACAUUUGUGGGACCAGUGACUGGGGCUACGUCUUCAGUACCAUUGCCGCCACCUCCACCCCCAUUACCACCACCAUCUGAGACAGUGCAAAACGGUCCUGUGACAGCACCUAUGCCACCUCCACCUCCGCCUCCACCUCCACCUCUUCCUGGUCCAGCUGCAGAGACAGCCCCAGCUCCUCCACUGCCUCCCCCACCGCCACCAUCAGCACCCCCUCUUCCAGGAACAGCCUCUCCCACGGUGGUUUUCAACUCAGGAUUAGCAGCUGUGAAAAUCAAGAAGCCAAUCAAGACAAAGUUCCGCAUGCCUGUCUUUAACUGGGUAGCUCUCAAACCCAAUCAAAUUAAUGGGACAGUCUUCAAUGAAAUUGAUGAUGAAAGGAUCCUGGAGGAUUUAAAUGUGGAUGAAUUUGAAGAAAUAUUCAAGACAAAAGCUCAAGGUCCAGCCAUUGAUCUUACUUCAAGCAAACAAAAGAUAACUCAAAAAGGGUCAAACAAAGUCACAUUAUUGGAAGCAAACAGGGCCAAAAAUCUUGCCAUCACUUUAAGAAAAGCUGGAAAGACUGCAGAUGAGAUAUGCAAAGCUAUUCAGGUAUUUGACCUGAAGACGUUGCCAGUAGAUUUUGUUGAAUGUUUGAUGCGAUUCUUGCCCACUGAGAACGAAGUGAAAGUGUUACGACUCUAUGAGAGGGAGAGGAAACCUGUUGAGAACCUGACUGAUGAAGAUCGGUUCAUGAUGCAAUUCAGUAAGAUUGAGAGGCUGAUGCAGAAGAUGACCAUCAUGGCCUUCAUAGGCAACUUUGCAGAAAGCAUCCAAAUGCUGACACCGCAACUCCAUGCAGUAAUAGCAGCAUCUGUCUCAAUAAAGUCAUCCCAAAAGCUCAAGAAAAUACUGGAGAUAAUCUUGGCGCUUGGUAACUAUAUGAACAGCAGUAAAAGAGGAGCAGUUUAUGGGUUUAAACUACAGAGUUUAGAUCUGCUGUUAGACACAAAAUCAACGGACAGAAAACAAACGUUGUUGCACUAUAUAUCCAACGUUGUGAAGGAGAAGUAUCACCAAGUAUCCCUCUUUUACAAUGAGCUUCAUUACGUGGAGAAAGCUGCUGCAGUGUCCCUUGAAAAUGUCCUGUUGGAUGUCAAGGAGCUCCAGCGAGGCCUGGACCUGACAAAGCGAGAAUACACCAUGCACGACCACAAUACAAUGCUGAAGGAAUUUAUUCAUAACAAUGAAGGAAAACUAAAGAAGCUGCAGGAUGAUGCAAAAAUAGCCCAGGAUGCCUUUGAUGAUGCUGUGAAAUAUUUUGGGGAGAAUCCCAAGACAACCCCCCCAUCCGUCUUCUUCCCAGUCUUUGUCCGAUUUGUGAAAGCCUACAAGCAAGCAGAAGAGGAGAACGAGUUGAGAAAGAAACAAGAACAGGCACUAAUGGAAAAACUUCUGGAGCAAGAAGCAUUGAUGGAGCAACAGGACCAAAAGUCUCCUUCUCAUAAAACAAAAAGACAGCAGCAAGAGCUAAUUGCAGAGCUACGCCGACGACAAGUCAAGGAUAACAGACAUGUGUACGAGGGGAAAGAUGGUGCAAUUGAAGACAUUAUAACAGCCCUAAAGAAGAAUAAUAUCACUAAAUUUCCAAAUGUUCACUCGAGGGUAAGGAUUUCUUCUAGCACACCGGUGGUGGAGGAUACACAGAGCUGAUCUUAGAAACCAGCCAUACAGACGAGCCGAUGCGGUAAGGAGAAGCGUUAGGAGACGCUUUGAUGAUCAGAACUUGCGCUCUGUAAAUGGUGCUGAAAUAACCAUGUGAUCUGGAGAUUUGCAUGUGAAAAGUAGAGCGUGUGCUUGAAUGAUACCUUGUCCAUGUGAACUAUAUGUGCUACCAUUUAAUUAUAGCCUUGAAUACAGUAAAAUUACCUUCUGAAGGGCUCAAAAAUAUAGAAAAUGCAUAGGAACGUAAAAGUGAUGGGCUCUCUACUCAACCAUAGCUAACAAGUGCCUAAAAGUGAAGUACCUGCUCAAAUUAAUUAAAGCAAUAGGACUUGAUUUGAUUGGGUAUCUUUUUACACCAAUACAUUAUUCAGUAUUUUUAACCAAAAUGUAAAAUACAUGAUUUUUUUUUAUUACAUGAAAUUUAGUGAUUGGCCUUCAGUGGCCCUUCUUGAUUUCCUGACAGGUUGUAAAUAAGUAAUACUUGGAUGCAGUCUGCUGUGGACUUAAGCUUUUCAAUGCAUUCCUGUCCUGUCCACUAAGGAAUUAACCUUAACCUUCAACUGCACUUAUUAGCAUUUUUUUAAUAUAUAUAUUUAAGGGCUUACCCUGUGCAAGGGGGAAGUAAUUACAAAAUGAACUACCUUUCAACCAUACACAAACCCCUGCCUAAUACAAAUAAGAUGUGUUAAAGACAUAAUUCAGUGAACACAAGGUUUAUAUCAAAUGAACACAAACUAUUCUUCAUGUCGAGAUUCUGCUUUUUGUAUGCCAGUGUGCAACGUGGGAUAAGCAGUGAGGGAUAGCUGGGAGGGUAUGAAUGCAUUGCAAAGAUAUAUGAAACAAGAACGUUGUAAAAGACUCAUUUACUAUGUUCUUCAGAUAGAGGCAGCUUUUGAAUAACAACGUGUAUUUAUUAAUUAGCACUAAGAUAUUAACAUCUCAUUAAUCAGUAUUAGGAUUUCUGAAGACCAUUACUGUUCAGUUAUUAACUCAGUGAAAUAAUCUUGUGCCCUGCUGAGAGAGGACUUUAAUACCCCAUGUAUAAGCUUUAAACUUGCAUCUGCAUUGAGCAAGAACGGUAACCCAGUAAGUAUUUUUUUCCUUUGACAAUCGAGUUCUGAUCACUUAAUGCAAAGGGACAUUUGUUGUUCAAAUGCAUCCCAACUUCUAAAUUCUUAGUUUUUAUAUAUUGCAUUUUACACUUUAAAAUUGAGCUUAUUGUAUUAGGCUUGGCAAUAUUUAAAUAUAUACACAGUGCUACUGGUGCAGAUCAAUUUAUUGUUAUAAUGGAAUUUUAUUUUAUCCUACAAUGGCAGGGCACUUGAUCUAUUCCAAAGUCAAGAACUGGACUGAGGCUAAAUUUGUACUUUCAAAGAUGAUACAUUUUGCUUGUGGCUUACCGUUCCUGGUAGCGUUGCAUCAGUAUGUUAAUUGUAAAAUUUAUUGUAUAGUAUUUAACCACUGAGUUUCUUUUCUUUUAUGUUGUGCUUUAUGUGAACCACUGGUGAAGGUCCCAUUUUCCUUGAAUAAUGUGUAGUUAUAUGAAUCUGUUUUUAAAUGUACAGAUAUUUUGCUACAAAAUUGGUGCAGUUUUUUAUGGUUUUUACACUUCUCUUUAAUUCCCACUUUAGCCUCUGGGUAAUAUUGUAAAUAUUGUUUAAAAAAUGCAUCAGCCUGUGCUAUACAAUCUGAAUGUUAUUUUAACUUAUAGUUUUGUUUUUUAUAUUUAACUAAAUGGACAGUUUGGGGCUCAGUUACCACAGACUUCCGCUUACCUAUUUACAGAAAGUUUACAUUAAAACUGCCACCUAUUCUCUCAUUUACAGCAACGUGUACUCAACAUGCGAAAGAGAACAUGCCAAAAUUGCCUCUUUCUUCACUGAUAGUGACAAGAGUUUUAAUCUGUAUAAGAGAAAAUAAUUUGGCAAUGUAAUUUAAGUACAUUUAUUAGUCAAAUGGGUCAAACUCGUAAGCUCAAAAGCAUUUUAUAACUUAACUCUAGACAGCAAAUAACGUUACCAUACAAGUGGACUGUAAUAUUGGCAUGUUCUCUUUGAUGUUUUUCUAGUAAUAGACCUGCUUCUUAGCAAUAUUAGAAGUGUUUUAUAAAAGCAGUUCAUGUUACUUUUCUGUUCUGUUCAUGGCAUAUGAUCAAAUAAACUAUUUACACUACUA